UGAAAUGAAGGGUGUUGCCGUGACAAAAUGCAAGUGAGGUCGCUGGAAGUGUGAAAAUUGGCCCCAGGAAUAAAAGCUGGAUGAACAAGCGCGGGAACCCGACCCAAAUUGGCGAAGAUAGCCUGCUACGUGUGCUGUCAUGAUGGGGCUUGAGGCGUGGAUUGACCACCACCAGCCUUUACGCGAUCGAUGCCAGCAGAUUGGCUUUCCUGGAACUGGGAUUGGGAGGAACCAAGUCGUUUGCAUUGAUGUAUUCCCUUCUCCUAGUGGCCACACUGCCUUUUCGCCAACGGGGUAUCCGUCGAUGAUUGUUGCCCGAUGCAUUCAUUCCCUGAAGACCCAACAGCUGUUGUCCAGAGACGAGUUCUUGACCCUCCGCAACGUUGACCUGCGAUUAGUAUAUCACGAAUUCCCCCGACUUUAUAAUCGAAACAAAGGAUUCAGUUCGAACCCACACGAGACUCAUUCUUUGUGCGCUGGGCUCUCAAAUCCCAAAUCCCGUUAUUCCCGAGCCCUGAUACUAGUCUUGAGUUCCCGGCAAUUCUACACAGGAAGACGAGGUCUUGUAACUGUCCUAGGUAUACCCUCAUCUAACAAGAAUACCAUCCUGGGAGCGUUUCCGGUCAACUACCCGUCUUGGGGGAUAUUGCUAGAAAUAUAAAUGUUCAGCACGCAGAACGUGCAGCAGGGUCUGUAAUCAUAAUAGAGAGAGAGAGAGAGAGAGAG